AUGACUCAAGUAACAGUAGGUCAUCAGGCCAACGGCCACUCUGACAAGUUGGAAAAGAAAGCAGCAACGACUGACAAAGUCGCCUCACCUGGGGAUGAACAACUCGUCCUGAACACCAUCAGAUGCCUCGCUGCGGAUCUAUGUCAGCAGUACAAGGGUGGACAUCCUGGUACAGUGAUGGGGGCAGCGGCAAUAGGAAUUGCGUUAUGGAGAUACGAAAUGCGCUAUAACCCUGCCAACCCCGAGUGGUUCAAUCGAGAUCGCUUUAUCCUCUCUGCUGGUCAUGCUUGUCUCUUCCAAUACAUUUUUCUCCAUUUGUCCGGCUAUGAAGCUUGGUCCUUAGAUCAGGUGAAGAAAUACCACUCACCAGCUACGAAAGGCUCAAUGGCAGCAGGUCAUCCCGAGAUAGAAUAUCCAGGUAUCGAGGUGACCACCGGCCCGCUAGGUCAAGGUAUAUCCAACGCCGUUGGCAUGGCCAUUGCCUCAAAACAACUAGCAGCAACAUACAAUAAAGACGACCUGAAGCCGAUAGACAAUAAGAUAUGGUGUUUCACGGGAGAUGGUUGCUUGCAAGAAGGUGUAGGACAAGAGUCCAUCUCGUUGGCUGGACACCUCGGUCUGGAUAACCUGAUCCUCGUAUAUGAUAACAACAGUGUCACGGUCGAUGGGCGCAUAGAUAACUGUUUUACGGAGGAUACUUCGGCCAAACUAGUUGCGCAAGGAUGGCAUGUGAUUGAUGUGUAUGAUGGGUCCAACGAUCUCGCCGCCAUUUUGGAAGGCUUCGACAAAGCCAAGCAGCUGAAAGGAAAGCCCGUAUUCCUUAAUAUCCGCACCGUCAUCGGAUAUUCUUCUCGUAAGGCCAACACUGGCCCAGCUCACGGCCAAGCACUGGGUGAUGAAGAAGUAGCAUACGUCAAGACUCAGCUGGGCUUCAGGCCUGAAGAGAAGUUUGUGAUCCCUCAGAGAGUGUACGAAUACUUUUCAGAAUGUAGAACCAAAGGUGGAGAAGCUGAGGCGGACUGGAACGUUCUGUUCAAACAAUAUCAAGAGAAAUACCCGAGUGACUACAAAGAGCUCUCGCGAAGAAUCAAGGGGGAAUGGGCAUCCGAAGGAUGGGAAGCCCUCUUACCCAGUAAAGCAGAUUUGCCUCAAGCCGCUCAGCCUACUCGUAAAUCAAGUGGAAUUGUGGUCCAAGCUUUGGUCCCAAGAUUCAAUUCUUUCGUCGCGGGUUCCGCGGAUCUCCUGGAGUCAACGUUUGUCAGCUUCAAAGACCAAGUAGAAUUCCAGAAGCCGGAAUCUGGUCUCGGCGAUUACACAGGGAGACAAAUCAGGUUCGGGAUCCGUGAAUUCGCCAUGGUCGGUCUUGGUAAUGGUAUUGCCGCUUACCAGAAGGGGAUGUUCAUACCUAUCAUGUCCACAUUCUUCAUGUUUUGGAUCUAUGCUGCACCGGCGGCAAGAAUGGCAGCAUUACAAGGGCUUCGUUUCAUUGGUAUUGCAACUCACGAUUCGAUCGGUAUAGGGGAAGAUGGUCCAACACAUCAGCCUGUUGCCCUUGCCUCUUUUUAUCGAGCACUGCCCAAUAUCAACCUGAUCAGACCGGCGGAUGCUGAAGAGUGUAUGGGAAUGUGGCAACUCGCUCUGGAUGACAAAUCUAAGGACACCCCUUCGAUCUUCGCACUUUCGAGACAACCUGUUCCUCUGCUUGAUGGCUCUGACCGUUCAAAGGUCCAACUCGGUGCAUAUGUUGUACACGGCCUCGAUGUUGAAGAGCCCGAAUUGACUAUCAUCGCUACUGGAGCGGAAGUGGCCAGAGCUAUCGAAACCGCUAAACUUCUCCAAACAAUAAAGAGGGUCCGAGUCGUCUCAAUGCCUUCACAGCGUCACUUUGACCAACAAUCGCCAGAAUACAGAGAAUCAGUAUUGAAGCAGACGUCGAGCUUGGUCGUAGCGAUCGAAGCUUGGGCAUCUUAUGGCUGGGCCAAGUACGCUCAUGCCUCGCUGUCCAUGCACACUUUUGGUCACUCGGCUCCCCAGCAACAGUUAUACGAGUAUUUCGGGUUCGAGCCCGACAAUAUGGCUACAAAGAUCGAUAGCUGGGCUGCCAAUUGGAAGUCAAAAGGUCGUUUGCCAGGUUUGGGGGAAUUCGAAGAACUUCUGCUUGGAAGUGUCCAACACUAA